AUGAAUGGAAAACACAUACUGGUUGAAAAUAGAUCCCACUUCCUACGUUAUCUUACAAAUCAACCCAGAUAUGAAAGUAUUCAUGAUUAUUUGAAUGUACAUUUUGUAAUCUCACCCACUACUCAUAACACCCCUCCCAUCACUCCAGGUACUAUCAGGUUGGACGUAACCUACUCAAAGGACAGGCAAUACAGCCCCUUUCUGAGUCUUAUUAAACUACUGAAAGAAAUUAUGAUCGGUCAUAUGUUUCCAGCCACUUCUGAUAAGUCUAGGAAAUUGAUUCACACAUUUCGCUGGAUCUCCAAGUAUUUUAGCACGUCUACAGAAGUUAAAGAUUACUACGAUAUCCUGAAUGUUAAAAGUACAGCAUCCCCAGAAGAAAUUAAAGCUGCCUACGUAUAUCUAUCUAAAAAGUAUCACCCUGAUAGGUGUUUGGAUGAUAAAGCAAAGAUACUUUUUGCUGAAGUAAGCGAGGCGUAUUCGGUUCUUGGGAGGUCGGAUUCUCGUCGGGAAUAUGAUAUAAAUAGGAAAAUAAAUGCUUUUGGAAUUAGUGCUGAUGCCUUUCGAAUGCAUUAUCCUCGCCCACCACCUGAUCUUGACAAGGCUAGUUUGGAAGCUUACGAACAUGAAAUGCGAAGAAGAUGGAUGGAAAAAAUGACUCAGUGGGCAAAAGCUCAAGGUCAGUACGAACUGGAAAGAGGCAUAGAAAUAAAGCCUGCUAGUGAUAUUCAUCCAUUUAUCCCUCCUAUGUCCGGAUUCGUUCAGACUCAUAGCUAUUUUUUCACUAUGAUGUUUUUAGGUGGUGCUUUACUACUUUUACGUUCAGCGUUAUAG